AUGGCCAGAAGAGAUGAUGGUUUCUGCAAGUCGGCACGAUUUAUGCAGGUAAAAGAAUUUAUUCCAUGUUAAGCUACGUACAAACGGACGCAACAACUCCCAACGUUGUUGGCCCUAAAGUUUGACCGGUCUCAAACUUUGCGAAGCAACUCCCAACAACACAAAACAACACGCAACAAAGUGUGGAAACGGAAUCAACAUGUAUUAAAGGUGAUGUAACAUCCAACAAUGUCGGAAGUUGUUGGCCGUUUGCAUGGGGCUUAAACUUGUUCUCCCGAAGGCAAAAUAAUCCAAGAGCGCCAUGAUUUUGGGCUUUUGUGGUUGCUUAAUUUAGUUUAGUGUUUACCAAAUCAGUGAAUAGCAAUUUUCGCGAGUUUUGAUUGGCUGCCGUAACUCGCAAUAUCCUUGGCUAUUGAUGUGUUGAAUUUACAAAAAAGUUACUUUUUUUUUCAUUUUUAUCCAACUGAUUUGGUCAAUACUAAAACAACUACCCCCUCAGGGUCGGUGAACAACGCUAGAUAUAUACGCCUCUAUUCACAUUCUGUAAUCUAUUUCUUUUCCGCAGUACGUCAAUCCAGUAAUCUCGGUCAGCCUGAUGACAGCAAUAAGUAUUGAUCGGUACAUGACAUUUGUAAAGCAGGAACUAACGUGCAUCAAUAGACCUUGGUAUCUCAGGCCGGCCUGGUUGAUCUUCUUUGCUUGGGUAUACGGUACAGUUCAAUGCCUUCCAAUUUUUUAUACAAGCAAUUUCAUUCCUCUUGAUUAUAAUAACAGCACCAUCUACUACUGCAGUACAACACACGGUCAGUCUCUUGUUGGGACGAUUUACCUCGUUGCCUCAGUCUUACUUGGGUUCGUGAUACCUUUAGCAGUCUUAACUAUAUCAUAUCGCAGAAUUAUAAAAGUGAUAUCGACCAGGAAUCGCAGACUUUCUGCGUCUGCAGGUGACAUAUUCAAUCCCAAAAUCACAAAUGCCAAGUUGCUGGAAAAGUCCAGGAGAAGGGUUCUUCGCGUGUUAGUAAUUGUUGUCAUCUGCUUUGUCGUCUGCUGGUUGCCUUUCGCUCUCUACUUUGGGAUACUGGUGCAGCAUCUCAGGGAAUUUCCGAACGUUAUGGAUCCGGUGAGUCUCAUAACCUAUGGACUGGGCAUAUCAAACUCGGUCUGUAAUCCUUUUAUUUACUUCUUCAACGUCUGCGGCAAGUCCUAUCGUUCCAUGAAAAGUGGGUUCCUUGAGGUAUUGGGAAGGAGGGAGAGAUUAUCGUCUCAAAGGGUACUAACCAGGUCCUUGUCUUCAAGGUCCGCCUACGUAACCAGACAAGAAAAAGAAGUAGAGGAGUUGGAGUUUCUUUCUGUUGUCUGA